GAUGAUCGGUGCAAUGCCAGCGGUGGCAGUUCGCCACGAACGUAAACGACAAGAAAAAAGACUAAAACGUCCUAGCCAACUUUACCUAGGGGGCCAAUGGAUGCCACCGCCUCAAGGCUCGCCGCCAACCCCCAGCCCUCAUGGCCACAACAGCCACCUGGAGCCUUUACCCGAAUUGUAUCUUUGUGGCAAGAUAUCAGGGCUGCACGCGGUGGUUGUGUGCCUAUUGUUGGGCGCAGUGGUGCUGGUAGUUGGUCUAGUUCAACUUGCCCCGGGUGCGACGACCACCGACCAUCGACUCGCUUUACUCGUAGCGGGAACUAUUCUGCUUCUCCUAGGCAUCAUCCUAGCCGGUGUCAGAUGCUACGUGUUGCACUGCGUGCCAUUACCAAGCGAGUCGCCCGUGGCAACGCCGCUUCCGCCGCCGGCUAACGACCAGGCCGGACUUCCGCGAGGCACGCUCGACCUUCUGGUCGGCCAUCAAAAUCAACCGGAAACCGACGCGCUGAUGCACACCGAGCACCACCAUCAACACCAUCAUCAUCACCAUCACCAUCAUCACGGCAACCAUAAGAAGAAGCGUAGCUCUCAAGGCUCUCACUCCGACGAAGCC